GGUGACCAGACUUCAGGGGCCCGUUUCACAAAGCAGGUUCAACAAACUCUGAGUUAAAACCUUAACUCUGGGUUGAGCAACUCUGAGCUGUCAAACUCUAAGUUUUCGGUUUCAGAACAGGUGAUAACACUUAGUUCAAUCAACUCAGAGUCAAGGUAACCCUGAGUGAAGCUUGUGCAUGAGGAUAUAAAAAGCCUUCAUCAAUGGAACACAGAUAACAUGAUUCACCAUGGCAACAAGUGGUAAACAGCCUCGAUCCUCCUACUUCUCCCCAGUGGAGUUGGAAAUAUUAAUGACUGCGUAUGCAGAAAGUGAGCAUAUAUUUUUAAAAAGAAGCAAUACUGUGGCAGCAGCAAAAGCGCGGGAUCUUGCGUGGCAGGAAAUUGCUGACCGAGUCAAUGCGUGCAACCCAACAGGCACCAAACGGACUUGGCAGCAGCUAAAGAUGAAAUAUAAAAAUGUAGUUCAAACAGCCAACAGAAAAAAGGCUGAGGCCCGCAAAACAGGUGGCGGUCCACCACCACCACCUCUCACAGAGGCUGAAAAGAUGGCCCUCAGUCAGAACAGUGGACGACCCAUUGCUGAGGGCAUCUCUGGGGGGAGUUCAUCGGACCCACCCACGCCCCAGGUCACAGGGGCCUACAUAAGAGUUACUGAUGGUGUAAUCUGUCUCGUUGAGCCUUCUGCCAUAACAGACCUCCAUGCUGUUGAGGAUGAUGAAGAAACCUUAUCAGCUGCCACAGAGAGGGAAGAUGCAGAGAGGCCUGCUGAAAGCCAUGCUGGAAAUUACAAUGGGGAAGAAGGUCCAUCAACCUCCACAGCACAGCUUACCUCACUCCCUGUGAAACAACUUUACAAGGUAUAUUUAGAAUCUCAAAUAAACAAAUCACACCUAGAAAUGGAGCACAUAAGGCUGCAGAUCACCAAAACAGAAAAGGAAAUACAACUGCUGGACCAUCAGUUAAAGGUGGGUGACGUGCCCACAGGUGGAUGUUUUUUAAUUGUUUCAACAACAAAGGAUUAACAACUGUACAAAAUUUGUCCUUCUAGGAAAUAAAGAAGACCUCAUAAAAUGA